AUGCAUUCCCAGCAUCUCUCCCCCGAGCAACAACAAGAACGACCCCACCAACUGCAAUCCCAACGCCAACAACUCCUCGACCGCCAACUGCAGUUACAAAACAUCGACCUCCAAAAGGCCGAUCUCAAGACCCAAAAACGCCUCAACAGACAGUUGUACAGAGACCAAAAGCAACAACUCCGCCAACAACGUCGUCUUGAGAGAUCUAUCGCCCGCGAGAACAGACAUGAGCCGGCGUUGCCGAUUCGGUUGAUUGGGCUUACACCGAAGUUGCUGGGUGGGGUUGUUGGAGGGAUGAUAGGUGAUAUUACGCGGUUGGUUAAUCUGACUGGGGGCAGUAACGGGAAUGGAAGUGAGAAUAGACCGCAGAUUAUGGCCGCGCCGGCGCCUUUGAGUCAACCCGCGUACCCACCUCAGCAGGAGGCCCAAGAGCAACAGCAACAACAGCACCACCACCACCAACAACAGCAACACCAGUACUACCAAGCUCCACCCAUCUCACAGCCUCACCAAGCUCCACCCGUCUCGCAACUUAACGAAGCACCACCACCUCCUCCCUCGGCUCAAUUCCCACGUUUACCGCAAGCAGCCUACACGCCACCUACAAAGGACGACGUUUCACAACCUUACCAAGCUCCACCCGUCUCGCAACCUCACCAAGCUCCACCCGUCCCGCAACUUAACGAAGCACCACCACCACCUCCUCCCUCGGUUCAAUCCCCACGUUCACCGCAAGCAGCCUACACGCCACCCACUAAGGACGACAAAGAACUCGGCUCUCCAGACCCACUGCUCGUUUACAGGAUGGCAGGUCUCUCGUUCAGUCCCGCAAGUUCUUCGGGAUCCACAUCUGCUCCAAUGCCCGCCCCCUCCGCCCCACCAUUAGUCUCGAUAACUUCCCCACCUCAUCGCCCCGAGCCCGAACCUGCUGUAGAUGACGAUUCUGUGGCUCCUCCACCUUACGAGGCCACCUACUCUCAUCAGUAG